GUGAUUGAUCGUUUACUGCUAGCAGAGGUAGUGAAUACGAAUUCGUUCCUUUGACUAGCUCGUAUCCAUUUUCAGGACUCAACUGGAAACAUACCAUUUGAUAAAAAGUUGUUUUCGUUAUAUGUGAGCGUACGUGGCAGAUCAGCGGGACUGCUGAUAAAUGACGUCAUAAGGGAAAGUACCGGCGAUGAACUAACGGGGAAUCCCCGGCUGGCCAUUUGAACGUACACAGCGGCAAGCGCGGAGUGCAUAUUUUGCUGCUGCCUGGAAGAGAAUACGAUUCCCACGAGUUGACCCCGGGAGUUGACGCUGACUUUUUGACAGAAGAAAGUCCUGAAUGAUGUGAGAUAUCUUUGGCGAAGUAACGAUGCUGUUUAAAGUCAUCAAAGUAUUUUUUCACCAAACCAAACCCUGCUAGUGAUCGUGGUCCGACUCCGAGCGAGUGCAGCAUGCAGCAGUGUUUGACUGCCAGCUACGGAUACCGUAUGACAUUUUGCUGAGCUGUGGCUGUGAUCCGGGGCUAUAGUGUUUAUGAUGACAAGGUCACUUUGGAUUACUUGAACCAGGAAAUUGAGGAUGAGAUAACAGUGAAUUAAUUCCACCAGGAGUUCUCUAAGGUUAACUUCUCAAGAUGGCAUCUGCCAUUCUCUCUGCACCUCAACAAGUUCCUUUCAUUGGAAGAGCAAGGGACAUGAACAAUGUAACUGAAGCUUUCAUGGAUACCAUACUGAGCAUCAUACAACAUGGGGAGAAGCAAGUCUGCUCACUGACCAAGCUAGCUCUCAUCUGCGGAGGUCCACUUGUCGGGAAGACCCGCUUUGCAGUCGAGAUUGCUCAGGAGCUUCAAAGAUUAAGCAGUCUAUCUGAUGUCCAGCUGAACGUCCACUCUGUUGAACUCCAAGGGCUCUGCAAUGCACGUCAAGUAGAGGUGAAGAUGGCAUCAGCUAUGUUGCCAUGGCAACAGAGGGAUACUAGGAUGUUGAGAGGUUUUAGAGAUGUUUUGGAUGACCUGGAGGACUGGCAUCUGUUCAUCUUGGAUGGGGCAGAGUGUUUUGGAAACAACGACCUUCAAAAUGAUUUUAUGGUGUUAUGUCAAGAGGUCAUCGAGGGGUUAUCAAGGGUGCUCAUUGUGAUCACAUCUCAGUGGAAGUUCAACUUCAUCAGAAUCAUGAAACAGGUACUAACGAUCCACCUAAAUCCAUUUUUACCAGAAGAAUCCAAGCAACUCCUGUUCUUCAUAGCAUCCGAUCUGGAAGAAUCAGACGAGGAACACAUUGAUGAGAUCAUCAAGCUCUGUGGGGGAAUCCCCUUUGCCCUUGAGCUUGUUGGAGCCGACCUGAGAGAUCAUAAGCGACAGCCUGCCGACAUCAUCCAUGACCUCAACAAAGGUUACAGGGAGAAAAAGGCAAGCUGUCAAACCUCUGAUACUAGGGAUGGUGAUGAGAGUAGCAUGCAUAUGGUUGAUCAUGAUGGUGAUGAGGACAGGAGGAGCAAAGAGGAAGACCAUCUUUCCAAUCGGGUCUGGCAAACUUUGGAACAACUCAUGGAGAGCAGUGUGGAUAAGUUAUCCAACCCUUUAAAGAAAAGGCUCACCCAGCUGAAUUUCAUCUCAGCUUCAUUUACUGCUGAAGCUGCCGCAUCCAUCACCAACAUCAACCCGACGUCUUGCGCCAAGAGGGAUCUACUCAUCCCCCUCCACACACGCUCUUUAAUCGCCAUGGAUACGCUCACCAAUCGCUUCAACAUUCUCUCCUUCUUGCGUCUGUAUAUUGAGGAACGGUACAGCCUUUUCCUUUCGUCUGAAGAAACGGACCUGGUGAGAGUGAGGUACUGUGGAUUCUAUGCGAGACUACUGCAGAGAGCAGCAGAGUUACUUGAGCAGGACAAUGCGUGCAAGUCCAUACCCAUCUUUACAUCAGAACUGCAGAACAUGCAGAAACUGCUUCAGGAAUCCAUCCACUGCUUUGAAGAUAGCUAUGAUCUGUUUGUUGAAGUGGCUUACCAGGCUAGACAGCUAAUCCUCCUCUUCAUCCCAACCAAAGAUGCCAUCUCAUUCUACCAGGCAUGCCUGGAAGCAGCAGAGAGGAGGAAGGACAAACAGCGUCAAGCUCGGAUCCUCAUUUCAUUGGGUCGUCUAGUACGCUACGUAGACGGUGACAUGAAGUAUGCUGAAGAGUUGUAUCGUCAAGCCCUUGGUCUUUUGGCACCUGAUGGGGACAGUCUAGACCAUGCUGCCAUCUUGUCUGUCCUUGGCUUUUAUUUCUUUGACAGUGCCAGACCAAAGUUAGCAAUCAGCUAUCAGGAAGAUACACUCGAGAUGAUAGAAAGGUUGGAAAGGAACUUGGGGGAUGACGAUCAUGAGAGAGAUUCUGGGAGGGAAGUUCUUUCUCCCAGAAUGCAACUGUGGAGACUCAAGGAGCAGACAUUGGUUGAAAUGGCUUGUACUCAUGCGAGACUGGCUGGGAAUUGCAGAGAAGGCAUCGCGUGUCACAUGGAAAGCAUUGAAAUCCAGAAGCGUUUGUGGAAGGAUCAUCUGAACAUUGGCCGCAACUACUACUGCAUGGCCAUGGUCUACCACAACAUGGGAUAUAAGGAACAAGCUGUGCAAUGCGUCUCACAAGCUCUAGAGAUCAUCGAAAGGUUGUGCACCCAGCCCAGUGGCACCCUUCUAGUUUGCUAUAUACAUGUUGCUGCAGUCCUCUGUGGAUGUAAAGAUGACUUUACAGGUGCUAUGCGCUUCAUCAAGAAGGCACAUCGAGUCCAAAGUCACCUCAAGACAAAGAAUAUCCUCGUCUUUUGUCUCCAUUACAUGGAGGCCAAGAUAGUUGCCCGGUCAGGCAACCUCACCAGAGCGCGUCAGAUGUUCAAGGAGGGUUUCAGUCUGGCCAUGCCGAUUCUGGGAGAGCAUCUCAACACAGCACGGACUCUGCAGUCUGAAGGCUGGGCAGCACUGCGGCUUGGCGAUUACGACAAUGCCUUGGAAACCCUCCAGCACUGUCUGGAGAUGCGACAGAAGGCCUUGAAGAAUAUGAAGUGGAACGUGGAGAUAGCAGAGACAUUUGAAACCAUGGGUGAUGCUUAUGCUGCCCAAAAUCAACAACAGAGGGCGCUAGAUUAUUACGAACAUUGCUACCAUGCACUGGCUGACCCUAUUAGGUGCUACACUAAAAUGAGAUCUCCAGCAGCUAAGGAAGUUGAAAAUCUCAGAAAUAUCAUCUCCCGAAAGAUGGGAAUUGCUUCUCGGAACCCAACGGAAUGGGAUCAUGAAGAGAGAGCACUGAUGACAACAACAGUCAUCUAUGACUACAACUACUGGCCCAUGAUUUAGGUCUGAAAAUAUGACAAGCAAAGAGUUUCAUGAAUUUGCAUAUAACUUUUUGAUCUAAUAGGUAAUUACUUGUGAUUAUAUAUGCAGUUUUCAUUAUUUUUUUAUGAAUAUUUGUUUCAUUGUAGAGCACUGUGAUACAACCAAUGUGAAGAGUGCUAUAUAGAUACUAAUACUAAUAUUGUAUUGUAUUAUGGUAUAUUGUUACUUCUGUCUCCAAAUUUCACAUGGGUGACCCUUGAUUUCACUUGUUUAAUUUGCUUUGGACAUAAGUUGGUUUAGUUUGGUUUUGAUUUUCCAUUUCUCAGAAAAAAAAGUGCUUCAUCUCAACUGUAGCCACUAAAAUUGUUUAUUCAUUUUGUUUUCUUGUGAGAAUAAUCAAAGAUAACAAAUCCAAACAGCAAUAUGAGAGUCCCCUUUCUAAAGCCUAAAACGGGAAAUGGAUAAGGCAUCAAAAGGAAGAAAAAGGAAAAAAGAGAGAACACAAAGUGGUUCCAUAACAGAGACUUAUCUUUUAUUUAAAAAAAAAUGAAUAAAUAAGAGAGAAACAAAAACAUAGACAUAAAGAAAAAAGUGAUACAAAAAAGAGAAGAGAGAAAGUGUCUGUUAUUACUUGUAUUAAAAGGCUGAAAAUUUCUAUGAAAACUUAUCCAUUUUAGAUACCUGAUAUGCAUACCAAGUUAUAUUUCACAGUUUGUGAUACUGUACACAAAGUAAUAUGUAUCUAAGGAUCCAUUAUCAAGUUUUAACAGUUCUAUACCAAAAAUAUAGAAGAAUAAUAACACUAUAUACAACUCAAAUAAUGUCUGCUGUGCAAUAUAAUAUAAUAGCUGUCAAUUUUCACAAGCAUUGAAGAAGAUAUCACACCCCUCCCAUUUUAUAAUCAAGUAUUAAAGCCUAUUUUAUUUUUUUCAUCAAUUAUUUAUUCUGAUCAUCUGUGCUCAUCAAUUUGAAUGCUGAAGUUUUUUAUUUGUAAAUGCAGAGUUUAGCAAUGUAUUUUUAUCUUUUAUCUGUAAAUAUAAGGUAUCAUGAAGGUGGUUAAACAAAAGUAACUCAUGAAUAGAUUUAUUUUCCUUUCACUUUCUACUGAAAUAGUAUAAUCUCUUAGAAGAGAUUGGCGUGCCUGUUAACGACUUGAAUUCCAUGAAUUUUUUUAUUAAGUGAAUUAUUACAAUUUUAUGUUAAGAACAAUUUUUGCAGAAAAGUGUGUCUGUGACAUGCCAAAGGAUUUACUAGCCACAAGAGUAUGUGGAAGGCAGACUCCAUGAAUUGCUUAUUGCUACAGGCAAUAGGUCCUUGAACUGGCUUUAAAUGUUUUAUUUCAUAAGUGUAUGAAAAUUGUCUUUAUUCACAUUGUAGAUUGUAGUUAUCAAAAGGUAUACAAGGUGGAAAUGUGUUAUCAGCUUACAUUUUACAUUCCAGUAUUAAAUGUUUAUUAUAUUUCUAUUUUUUUAAGCUCUCUGGUUUUAAAAUGAUGACAACCAGGCAGUAUGUUUUUAUUUUUGUAUGAUAUAUCUUAGAAUAUAAAAUUAUUUAACUGUCAUGUAUGUAAUUGUGUAUUUUUCAAAGGAUGUUUUUGUACUUUCCUCUAAUAUAAUUGGUGUGUGUACAGUACUUUGCUGAAUUUGAAUUUCUUGGGACCACAGGAAUCUAUUCAACUAGAAGAAAUGUUAUUUAUUCAAGAGGUAAAUAACGUAUUUUGCACAAUUGGCUUGUGAAAGAUGAAUUUAUGCUAGUUAAUGUAAUUAAUUAAGAUGCAUUCUAGUCUAGCACUGAUGGGGUUUCUUUAUUGCAAAGAAUCAAUUGUGACUUAAAUUUGUGUAUAUUUAUUGAGUGUAAAUAUUUUAUCUGCUUCUUGCCUUUUUAAAACUUUUUUUCAAUGUACAUCAUAUAUAUCUCUUUGUGCUUUCUUCAAAUGUUUUUGUGCUUUCUUCAAAUACUUCAAAUGUAGUAUUUGUAUAAGACCUUAUGUAUCCUACAUUCACCAAAUCACUAUAUGUAUGUAGAAAGUAAUUUUAUACAACUCAUACAAAGAUUCUUGUAAUUUGAUUGGUAAAAAGCCAUUCAAUAUUUGAUCCAUUUUGUGCUAAAUGCAAAUUUUAUUUUCCAUUGCAUGGCGACCAUGCAUACUUUAUUUUUCCAUUGCACGGUUGAGCUCUCUCUCUCAUUGUGUACCACUGAGCAUGUGUGUGUACGUACAUUUUGUAUGUGUGUGUGUGUUUGCACACAUUGAAGUAAGCGCAUCAUCAAAGCCGACUGAACACUCAGAUUCAUGAAUCAAAGUGCAUCACAAAAGGAACAAAAACAAUUUACUGCUUUCAUACACAGGAAAAAUAAUCAUGUUUUCAGAGAAAAUGAAUUGUUGGAGAUAGGAAAAUAUAUUUUAAUUUCAUCUGCUUUUGAAUUACGUGAUCUAGAAGAGUCGUAUAAACCAAAUGAUGUAGGUCUUCAUUCGUCCAUUAUGCAACCUAUCCACCUCAUUGAGCCUGUGUCCACUGCAUUGCACGAAGCUGUUUGGCUGAGUGCAGUGGAUUGAACAGAGUCUCAACUCAAACGAGGAUAGAUCGCAUAAUGUAUUCAUGUGCAUGCAUCAUUUGUAUAGUAUACAGUGUACUGAAUAGUCUACUUGUAGCCCUUUUAUCUAUACAAUUGUGUUUAUUUUUCAAAAUAAUUUUAUACAUGAGAUUUUUGAAUUCAUGACUUCAACUUUGCUGGUCAAAACAAUAAAUCACAA